AAGUCUAACUCAAAACUUGCUAGCUAGCUGUAAUCAUCAACUUGAAAUUGCUUCAACUUUUGUUGUUAGAAAAUUCAAAACUACAAGAUGGCAGAAACUGCAGUAUGGUUUGUCUUGAGACAAGUAUACCAACUUCUAAAAGAUGAAACAAGAUUACUAAAACAUGUCCGUAGAGACUUUGAAGACGUUAAGAAUGAACUAGAAUUCGUUCGCGCUUUCUUAAAAGAUGCUGAUAAAAGAGCCACUUCGGAUGAAGUAAGCAUUCAAAUUUGGGUGAAACAGUUAAGAGAAUUAUCUUUUCACAUAGAAGAUGUCAUUGAUGCAUACAUCAUGGAUGUGGCUCAUCACCAUCAUCAUGAUCAUCAUGAUGGAUUCAUAGGCAAACUUCAUAAUGUUGUUGGAUUGAUGAAAUGGAAAACCUUAAAACCUCGUCAUCGAGUAGCGUGUGAGAUUCAAGAGAUCAAAUUAACAAUUCAUGGAAUCAAAGAAAGAAGUGAAAGGUACAAUUUUCAACGCUCUGAACAACGAGGAUCGUCGAUUGUAGAAGAUUGUGUUAUGGUUAAGUGGCGCGAUCCUGAUCGACUUGCUUCACUUUUUGUUGAAGAAGGUGAAAUUGUUGGGUUUGAGAAGCCUAGAGACGAAAUUGUUGAUUGGUUGGUUGAUGAAGAAGAAAGAACUCGGAGUGUGAUUUCGGUGGUUGGAAUGGGGGGACUUGGGAAAACAACUCUUGCUAAAAAUGUUUUUGAUAAUCAACAACUGAAAGGUUACUUUGAUUGUCGUGCAUUUCUGGUGGUUUCUCAAUCGUAUAGUGUUGAAGCCUUGUUGAGAAGCAUGAUGAUGCAGUUUUCUGAAGAAACUAAAGAGCCUCUUCCUCAAGGUAUAAACACGAUGGACAAGACGUCACUCAUUAAUUUUGCAAGGUCUUACUUGAAGAAUAAGAGGUAUGUGGUUUACUUUGAUGAUGUAUGGAAAGUAGAUUUUUGGGAUGAGAUCCAACUUGCCACACCAGAUAAUAAGUUAGGAAGUAGGAUAAUGAUCACAACCAGGAAUUUGGAUGUUGCCAACUAUUGUAGGAAAGAUUCGGUUGUUCAAGUGCACAAGUUGCAACCCUUGUCUCCAAACAAAUCAUGGGAACUCAUUUGUAACAAGGCGUUUCGAUUUGGUUUCAGUGGAAAUUGUCCACCAGAGCUCGAAGAUAUGUCUAAGGAAAUUGUUCAAAAAUGUGAGGGGUUACCGCUUGCAAUUGUGGCUAUAGGAGGUCUCUUGUCAACUAAAGAUAAAACUGUUUCUGAGUGGAAAAAACUAUGCCAAAAUCUAAGUUCGGAGUUAGACCGUAAUCCACAUUUAGCUAAUAUAACAAGAAUUUUAGGCAUGAGUUAUGAUGACUUGCCACAUUAUUUGAAGUCAUGUGUCUUGUAUUUUGGUAUAUACCCAGAAGAUUACUCAAUUCGGAGUUCAAGGUUGAUUCGGCAAUGGAUAGCAGAGGGGUUUGUUAAACAUGAAGUGGGAAAAUCUUUGGAGGAAGUUGGAGAGGAAUAUUUGACAGAGUUGAUCCACAGAAGUUUGGUUCAUGUCUCCCGUGUUCACUAUGAUGGUAAAGCGACAAGCUGUCGAAUCCAUGAUUUGUUACGAGAAAUGAUCAUGAGAAAAAUGAAGGAUUUGAGUUUUUGUCAUGUGAUGGAUGAAGAUGGUCAUGAACAAAUCUCUGAUGCAAUGAUUAUUAGGAGAUUGGCUAUAAAUACCAGUUCCAAGAAUGUGCUAAGGAGCAUUGAAAACUUCCCCAUACGCUCCCUAUAUAUAUUCGAUGCUUUAAUAAAAUUAUCUGAUUACUUUGGGAGUAGGUUCUUUGCAAAGUCUAAGCUUUUGAAAGUAUUGGACUUGGAAGGUACUUGGUUGGACUAUAUUCCUGAUGAUCUUGGAAAUAUGUUUCACUUAAAGUAUUUGAGCUUAAGAUAUACCAAUGUCAAGAAUCUUCCUAAAUCCAUUGGCAAACUACAUAAUCUAGAAACCUUGGACCUAAAGGGAACACUAAUUCACGACUUACCGAUUGAAAUAAAUAAGCUUACAAAGUUGCGUCAUCUUUUAGUUUACAACAGAAGAGCACAUUUAAGAAUUAGUGGUGAAAGUGGGGUGAGAAUAAUUCAAGGUGUUGGAAGCAUGACAGUGUUGCAAAAACUUUAUCAUGUGGAGGUAGACCAUGGUGGGUUAGAACUAAUUGCAGAGUUAAAAAAGCUUAAACAAUUAAGGAAGUUGGGAUUAAAGAAUGUAAAGAGAGAAUAUGGAAAUGCUCUUUGUGAGUCAAUAGAGGAAAUGAAAUGCCUUGAAUCACUUCAUAUUAGUGCAAUAAAUGAAAAUGAAGUCAUAGACUUGCAAUUUAUUUCAUCUCUACCUCAACUUAGACAACUUCACUUGUUCGGUCGUUUAGAAAAGCUUCCAAAUUGGGUUCCAAGACUUGAACAACUUGUUAGACUGUCGAUUCGCUUUUCCAAGUUGAAGGACGAUCCUUUAAAGUUACUCAAAGAUUUGCCAAACUUGCUGCGUCUUGCAAUUGUGUGCGAUGCAUAUGAUGGAGAAAUGUUGCACUUCCAAGUUGGGUUUAAGAAGUUGAACAAACUAUAUCUUGUGCAGUUGAAUAACUUGAAUUCCAUUUUAAUAGACAACGGAACUUUACCUGCCCUUAAACUAAUUGAAAUGGUGUCUAUUCCCAAACUAAGUGAGAUUCCCUCUGAUUUUCAUCUACUAAAGAGCCUUGAAACUCUGCGUUUGGUUAAUAUGCCUUAUGAGUUCAACCAAAGCAUUGAUCCAAAUGGUGGACCGAAGAACUGGGUCAUUGAACAUGUGAAAAUGGUAACUGUUGUAGAGAAGGUUGGUUCAAAUUCUGUAGAAUUCAGCUAUCGCACUAUUCGUCAUCCAAGGAGUACAUGAAUCAGAAGUUGAAAGGCUUCUCAAUGUGGAUGGAACUUGGAAGUUUCAGAUUCUCAAUAUUUUACAGUUUCUUCAUUCAUUCAUAUUUUUGGUGCGCUUUUCAAUCCCCAAAUAAAGUGAAUUCCGGGGGCCAUACUGCUGCAAAAGCAGAUUAUAGAUGAACUUUGUGAUUUUCUUUGAUAUUUACAAUGUAAUCUGGGAGAUUUUCUUUAUGGCUUGUUGUAUGCCAAUUGUGUUUAUGUUUAUGAAGAAAAUUGAGUCUCGGUACCUUGUGUUUAAUUCUGCUUAAAUAUUAAUUUGACAA